AUGUCGAUUCUGUAUCGAAGUAGUGUUCUUUCCUGGCGUCGAAUUCUUCAACACAAUCAAGGUAUUCUUAGUUCAAGGUAUGUUCACAUAACAAGUCGAAAUGAUAUGAAAGAUGCUCGUCGAAUCAUUGUUAAACUUGGUACCGCAUUAAUAACACGUGAAAACGAAGAUGGCGUUGCACUUGGUCGUCUAGCAUCGACUGUAGAACAGGUUUCUCAACUUCAGAAUGAAGGUCGACAAAUGUUGUUAGUUACCAGUGGUGCCGUUGCAUUCGGUCGCCAAGUUCUUCGUAAAGAAGCGAUGAUGACCAUGACUAUGAGAAAAUCACUUUCGCCUAAAGAUAUUCUUCACAAUAGUCGAGUGGCUAUUCAACGACAGGCAUGUGCGGCGUUUGGUCAAAAAGGUCUGAUGUCGCUGUAUGAACGUAUGUUUCAACAGUACAAUAUCGGCGUGGCACAAGUUCUGGUAACGAAGAGCGAUUUUUACAAUGCCGAUAGCCGAAAAAAUCUUCAAGCAACAUUAAAUGAAUUACUCAAUCUGAAUAUUGUACCUAUUUUGAACACGAACGAUGCUGUUGCAUCUUGUACAGACACCGAUGAUGAAGUAGUAGCUGCUCGAGAUGGUAUUGUGAUUAAUGAUAAUGAUUCGUUAGCAGCCCGUUUAGCUGUAUUGAUAUCUGCUGAUCUCUUGUUGAUUAUGAGCGAUGUUAAUGGUUUAUAUACUGGUCCACCAGAUUUAGCAAAUUCAAGAUUGUUGCAUACAUUUUGUCCGAAAGAAGAUUCUCAAUUAAUUUCGUUCGGUGCGAGAUCUAAAGUGGGAACUGGAGGAAUGGAAUCAAAAGUGAAAUGUGCAUCAUGGGCACUUGAUCAUGACGUUGGUGUUGUUAUUAGCAAUGGUCAAAUCGAUAAAGGUAUUUUGAAUAUUGUCAACGGUCAACGCAUCGGAACAUUUUUUACAAAUACAUCCGCACAAAGAACACCAGUUGAUGUGCAAGCGGUAAAGGCGCGCGAUGGUAGUCGAAUCUUACAGCAACUUUCUGCCGAACAGCGAAAAACGAUUAUUAACAAAAUGGCGUCGAACUUGAUCGAUCAUUCGAAAGAUAUCCUACGGGCAAACAAACGUGAUCUAGACGAAGCUGCGAAAGAAGGACUUAAACCAUCGUUAUUAAAUCGUCUUGGUCUAUCGGAAAAGAAACUAAAAACUCUAGCGGUUGGUCUUCAACAGAUCGCCAAUAAAGCGAAUGUACUUGGUCAAACUAUUCGACAAACACGUUUAGCAGAUGGAAUAAUGUUGAAACAAAUCACGACACCUAUCGGUGUACUUCUGGUCAUCUUCGAAUCUCGACCAGAUAGUUUACCGCAAAUUGCUGCUCUCUCCAUAUGUUCUGGCAAUGGUCUGCUACUUAAAGGUGGUUCCGAAGCGAAAUAUUCCAAUGAAAUCCUAACGAAAUUAAUGCAAGAUGCAUUGGAGCCUUUCGUUCCACGAGAAACCAUUGCUUUGAUUAACACCCGUGAACAAGUAUCUGAUUUACUUCAAUUAGGAAAAUAUAUCGAUCUUGUUAUUCCUCGUGGUUCCAACGACCUCGUUCGUUCUGUUCAAAAGCAAAGCGUACAAAUACCUGUUCUAGGCCAUGCAGAAGGUAUUUGUCAUGUAUUUAUCGAUAAAGAUGCAAACUUAGAUAUGGCAUUACGUGUUGUACGAGAUUCGAAAUGUGAUUAUCCGAGUGCAUGCAAUGCUAUGGAAACACUGUUAAUACAUAAGGAUUUAAUUCGAACGCCAUUCUUCGAGUCAUUAAUCGAUAUGUUUCGUGCGGAAAAAGUGAAAGUGUAUUCCGGUCCACGUCUUUCUGCUCUGCUUGCAUUUCCACCACCACCAGCAAGUUCGUUGCGUGUUGAAUACGGUGAUCUACAAUGUUGCAUCGAAGUGGUCGAUGAUGUUAACGAUGCAAUUGAACAUAUCAAUAAGUUCAGUUCCAAUCACACAGAUUCAAUUGUCACUGAAAAUCAAAAAGCCGCCGAUGAGUUUACUGCAAAUGUUGACAGCGCGUGUGUUUUUCACAAUAUCAGUACACGAUUCUCCGAUGGCUACCGAUUUGGCUUAGGUGCUGAGGUUGGUAUUAGUACUGGACGUAUACAUGCUCGCGGUCCUGUUGGCAUUGAAGGUUUGUUGACAACCAAAUGGAUUGUUGAAGGACAUGGUGAUGUUGCUGCUGACUUCACUGAAGGAAAAAAACAAUUUGUUCAUGAACCGAUUGAUCAUCGACAACGAAUAUCAAAUUUACACGUGAAUCAUCGCUUUGCUCGUCGACAUUCCGAACACGACUAUUUACGUACAAUGAGUGUAACUACGGUUGAUCGUCAUAUUACUGGCGACACUUUAUUUCCAUUGAGUUUGAAAUGCGAGAAUAAUUUAGAAAAUUAUCUUGUCUUAAUCGUCAAUAUCAACGACGGUCAUUGUCUUUAUGAUGCUCUUCUCAAAAUUAUCAGUGAAGAUCGUUUACAGGAAUUUCAUGAUGUCGAAUCAAGUCUUUCAUAUAUUCAUAAUUUACGCUAUUAUACGAAUAUAUUUUUAAUCAUCUCAGGAACGUCAGGACAAGAGUGUGUUUUUCAAUUCGCUCAGGAAGUCCAAGUGACAACUAUUUACGUAUAUUGUAUGAAUGUUGACAAACAUCGAACAUGGGCAGAGAAAAUCAAGAAAAUACGUUGUGUUGUUUCAGAUCCAACAAACCUGUUGACUCGUCUGCAUGCCGAUAUCAAAGAAUUCAGUGGUCGAUGGCCUCUUGGCGAACAAUCCUUCCGGCAAGCGCUUACAGCUAAAUCAGAAUGGUACCAUCUAUUUCUUCUCGCUAUCUGCUAUCGUCCUAAACAUAUACAAAGCUCCUACAAAGAAAUGUUUGCUGAAUGUCGUGCUUAUUACGAAAACAAUCCUGGGGUAAUUCGACAUAUUGACAAAUUUGCACAAACGUACAAAGCCGAAAAUGCUAUUUUAGAAUACACACGAGACAGUUUUCUGUAUCGGAUUGUCAAUCAUGCUUUACGGACGCAAGACAUAGCAACAAUCAGAAAAUUUAGUCCAUUCAUCUAUGACAUGUACUCUCAAGUCUCUGAACAUUAUCGUAAAUACCGUCCUGCUAAAGAUGAAUCAAUUCGUGCUCUGUAUCGAGGACAAUACUUAAGUACGGAAGAAUUGGCGUAUCUCGUCUCAGUAGUGAAGUCCAGAAAUCCGAUUAUCAAAUUGAUGACAUUCUGUUCAAUGUCGCUCGAUCCUAAUGUAGCACUAAAUUUUGCACUCCCGAUAGCGAAUCGUAUUCCAUGCCUAUUUGAAAUCAUCAUAACGCAUGAAUAUUAUGAUCAACCAGGAUUUACAACGUUUGGCACACAAGCAUUCGCCGAUAUCUCUUCUAUAUCAGUUAUGCCUGAAGAGCAAGAGGUGGUGUUUGCUCCAAUGGCGAACUUUCGCGUGAAAUAUGUUGGUGACCCGUCAAUCCAUUCUGACCGUCCUUGGGUACCAAUUGUAUUGGAGCCUGUAUUGCGUACGGCACGUGAUUUUAGUAAUCACUAUUUCAAUAUAAUAAACUGUAUCGAAACCGAAACAAACCCAACCUAUUAUACCGCUAUACUAGACAUGUUGCAAGAGAAUAUCACCGAUGAAUCUAACUUAAAGCAAACUAAUUGGCAAAUGUGGUGGAACAACUUGAUCGAACAAUGGGGAACAGAUAAAAUUCGUGAAGAUCCAAUAAUCCUUACGUUCUAUGAUUGUUUUACAGACAAUAAUUACUGGUUACGAAAAGCGAUCAAAUUACGAAAGGAAAUCUAUCGUACUGAGUUCCAUCGGAACUUGGAUAACUUUUCCAGUUUCGCUAUACUAUUUAAACAAUACAAGUAUUCACAGCAUAUUCCCACCAGAUGCAUUGCUUUGUACGAAGAUUAUAUAAAACCAUUCUGUACAAUACAUUCGAGAGAAGUUAUUGAAUGCGUCUAUCUCACAGGUCAAAAAUAUCAAGCGAUCGGUGAAUGGAACUGUGCGUUAGAAUGCUAUGAGAAAUGUCUUUCGUUGGACAUCGAAAAUGAAUAUCUUUUCAAGAAGGGAAUAGAAGAGCAUCUGAAAAAUGUACGAAAAUGUCUGGAAAAGCCUCGACAAACGAAGAAACGUCCAAACGCAACGGUGCCAAAAACUAUUGUGAAAGAAAAUAUGAAUAACUAUGAAGUAUACGAAGAACAGUGGCCAAUCCAUUGGACGUUACAACAUAAUGGAAGUACGAAAAUUCCCAUAGACAAAAGACUUAGUUCACUAGAAAAGUAUCUGAUGAAAAGAAAAGAUUGGCUCUAUGCAGCUGAUAUUAUGAUUGUUCUUUGCAUACCAUACCAACAAGCUAGAUAUCUGCCGAAGAAUAUCAAUCACUAUUUUGCAUUAGCAAUGACAAGAAAGGAGUUUAAUGAUGAUCACAAAGCAAAUGCAAUAAACAAUCCGGCUCUCUGUUUAUGGCGCUAUGAGAAAUACGUACGCGAAUGGAUGCUAUUCCAUGAAUUAGAAAAAUUCUUACGACCAUUUGAAAACAAAUCGAGGCUCCUCCAGAUCUCAGUUCUUCCUAGACUGGUUAAAUUGUUGGCUCAAUUGAGCCUGCUGAUCACGGUAUGUGCUGCUUAUGUGCGCAAUGGACAAGGAAAUCUUGGCAUGGAUUACGUUCGAUUUAUUAACAUGAAUAAUUUGAAAAUUCAACAAUUGAUUUUUUUCGAUCUUAAUGAUCCAAAUUUACGAACCGAGCUCGAGGAAUAUAAAGAAACAAUUAAUGAUGACUCAUAUGAUGACACGGAUUGGAAUCACACUGUAGCAUCUUGGGAUAUUUACAGUAGACGAAAGAGCGUUGAUGAUUAA